AUGACCUGCACCUCCAACACCGUCAUCUCCGCCCAAAUGGUGUAUGAGGGCCUGGAGUUCAAGCUGCGGCUCGACUUCUCCAACAACUACCCGUUCUCGGCGCCGGUGGUUCGCUUCACGUCGCCCUGCUUCCACCCGAACGUCGACACGCAGGGCAACAUCUGCCUCGACAUCCUCAAGGAGAAGUGGUCGGCCUCCUACGACGUGCGCGCGCUGCUGCUCUCCAUACAGAGUCUGCUCGGAGAGCCGAACAACAACAGCCCGCUGACGUGCAGGCGGGCCGACAUGUGGAGCGACCCCACGCGCUUCCGCGAGAACGUGCUGGAGCGGUGUGCCAGCUGUGUGGCGCCACCCGUGAGCCGCGACUGCCGCUCUAGCGGCGGCUGA